AUGUUCCGCACUGCUACCAGAUUUACCAGUCCUAUGAGACAAGCUGCCAGAAGUUAUGUGAGAUCUGUUUCUACUGUUCGUGAAAUUGGAGAUUUGAGCCAAUUCAAACAAUUUGUAAAGGGUGACAAGGUUUCUGUUAUUGAUUUUUAUGCUACUUGGUGUGGACCAUGUAAGGCAUUAGAACCAAUUUUUGCCGCACUUGCUGAAAAAGUUCCAGAAGUUCAAUUUGGAAGAGUUGAUGUUGAUAAUGCACAAGAUGUUGCUCAAGAAUACGGUAUCACUGCCAUGCCAACCUGUUUGUUCUUCAAGGAUGGUGAAAAAGUUGACACUAUUAUUGGUGCUAACCCACCAAAGUUGAUUUCAUUGAUCAAAGAACAUGGUAAGGUUAAUCUUUAA